AUGGAGGAAUCAAAUUAUAGUAUUUUAUUAAACUUAAUUAUUAAAGAAAAUGAAGAUAUUAAAUCAGAUGAAGAUAAUGAGAGAUCUACAGUUUUAUUCUUUAAAAUUUGGAGGAACAAAUAUUUAAGAAAUUAUAUAUUCGAAACAAUAAAAUAUUAUCUUGCUAAUCGAGGUUGGCGUACAAUUACAUUGGAGGGUUUAAAUAAAAAUAGAUUUAGGGAUUAUUUUAGUAAAAUAAUAUUAAGGAAUGUACUUCCAGUAAAGAGUUCUUUCUUUCCUGAAAUAAUUGAAGUUGAAAAAAAACCAAAAGAAUUACCAAAGUAUUCAAUUAAAUAUUUAAAGUUAACCUCUCGUUUGAAAGAAUGUGUUUUGGCUGUUCGUCCAGGAUUUAUACCAUCAUCAGUAACUUGUUUAGAGUUGGAUCAUCAUUAUAAUUUACCACUUUGUAAAGGAAUUAUUCCAAAUUCAGUUACAAAUUUAACACUUGGGAACGGCUUCAAUCAAUCGAUUGAAAUUGACGAUUUUCCUUCAUCAAUUAAAUAUUUAACAUUUGGAAGUUCGUUUAAUAAACCCCUAAAAAAAGGUUCAAUUCCUAAUGGAGUUUUAUCUAUUACAUUUGGGUCAUUGUUUGAUCAAGAUAUUGAUAGUGAUGUAAUUCCUUCUUCUUGUAUUGAAUUAACAUUUGGUCAAAAUUUCAAUAGGAACUUUAAGAUAGGUUCCAUUCCAAAUAGUGUCAAAACAUUAAAAUUAUCAAUACAUUAUAAACGAGUUAUUGAACCAAAUGUAUUACCUCAUUCUAUAACAAAUUUAAAUAUUGGUUCUUCAUUUUAUGCAAAUAAAAUUAGAAAGAUUGAAAAAAAUACAAUUCCAACUUCAUGUGUUGAAUUAAGAUAUAGAGGUUCUCAAUAUUUUUCAAUUGAUCCAUCAACAAUUCCUCCCAAUAUUGAUUUAUUAAAAUAUGACAUAUUUAAUUAA